GUACCUCAUGCAUCUCUUUCUCUAACUGUUUUUUUUUUUAGGGGUCUGCUGAACCGAACAGGAAUACCCAAGGAUGCUGUAGAUUACCUUAUAUACGGGACAGUCAUCCAGGAGGUCAAAACCAGCAACGUGGCUCGAGAGGCAGCAUUGGGGGCCGGCUUCUCAGACAAGAUUCCUUCCCACACCGUCACAAUGGCCUGCAUCUCCUCCAACCAAGCCAUGACCUCAGCCGUUGGACUGAUUGCUGCCGGCCAGUGUGACGCUGUUGUAGCAGGUGGGGUUGAGUUCAUGUCUGAUGUUCCAAUUCGUCACAGCCGAAAGAUGAGGAAGACAAUGCUGUCCCUUAACAAGGCAAAAACCAUCGGCCAAAGGCUAAGUCUGCUCGGCAGCAUCCGGCUAGCUCACCUGUCCCCAGAGCUUCCUGCUGUUGCUGAGUUCUCAACAGCGGAGACUAUGGGCCACAGUGCAGAUCGUCUGGCUGCUGCGUUUGGGGUCUCCAGGGUGGAGCAGGAUGAGUUCGCUCUGCGGUCGCACUCACUGGCCAAAAAAGCUCAGGAUAACGGGCUGCUAGAGGAUGUGAUUUCCUUUAAAGUUCCAGGGCGGGAUAUUGUAUCCAAGGACAAUGGCAUUCGUCCGUCAUCCAUGGAGCAAAUGGCCAGACUAAAGCCUGCCUUUGUCAAGCCUCACGGCACUGUUACUGCUGCCAACUCGUCUUUCCUGACCGAUGGUGCCUCUGCUGUUCUCAUCAUGUGCGUGGAGAAUGCUUUGGCCAUGGGGUUCAAGCCUAAAGCAUACCUGAGAUUCUGCAAUUUACUAUUGAUUUUUUUCUGCACUAACUUACUUGUGCAGGUUGGGACUCCACCUAUGGAAAAGUUCAACCUGUGGGGGGGCUCUCUGUCUCUGGGCCAUCCAUUCGGUGCCACAGGCUGCAGGUUGGUAACCACCGUGGCACAUCGGCUGAAGAAGGAGGGUGGACAGUAUGGUCUGGUGGCUGCCUGUGCUGCAGGAGGACAGGGUCAUGCCAUGGUGAUUGAGGCCUAUCCCCAGUAAUGCACAUCCCUUAAUUAAACCUAAAUCUUCAUCAUGUCAGCUGCCAGCAUACCAGCUGAUACAUGAUCAGUCACGUGUAUGUUCAUGCACCAUUUUGCCUUGAUCGAUCGGGUUGGAUGCAAAUGUGUUUUAGGGCUCUUGUGUAAAUUAAAUUUAGCUUGGAGACUGUUCAAUUCAGGCACAAUGCUGUGAGGAAGGUUUUGUCUUUCAGACUACUUUUUAGCAUUUUGUCUUGAGUCUAAUGUAACAUAGCAAAGUCUAACUAAGCUCAGAAGAGCCGUGGUGAUCGUAAUGUUUAUAGAUCCUGUAAUAUUUUUUUCAUACAAACUGUUGGAAUUAAACGGUGUGAUGAUAC